AGAUACUACGAUCUCAGAUCAACGUCCUCCAUGCCCCUAUUCCAAAAAGUGUCUUCAGUGUUCCGGGAUCGUUCUGCUUAUAAUAACACACGAACUAGUGCUCUCGCUUUCUUUUGAAUGUGCACUAUAAUGGACCGUACUACCGCCGAACACCAUGCCAUUCAGAGCUCAAAUCUGAUUACUACUCUUCGCUUCUCCCAGCAGGCGCCGAUGAUCCUUGAACGGCAAUUGACUUCAGAUAAAAACCUUAUCUCUUCAGUAAUUGCUAAUCAAGAGGAACCAGGAAAGUAUGGCAUCCUAGAGCAAUUGUUCUUCUCUUGCCUGCAAACAGGCGAUGAUAAAUCUGCUCUACUAUGCCUUGAACAAUUGACUCGUCGUUUCGGCUCUUCAGAUGAGAAAGUUAUGGGGCUGCGUGGUCUGUAUGAGGAGGCAAUCGCCAAGAAUCAGUCCGACCUGGAGGAUUGCCUGCGUAAAUAUGAUCUUGCACUAUCAGAGAACCCACUUAACUUGCCAAUUUUGAAGCGCCGUAUCGCUCUUUUGCGUUCAAUUUCGAGGCCUGCGGAUGCUAUAUCAAGCUUGGUACAGCUUCUAAAGGCUAUACCUACCGACGCAGAGGCCUGGUGUGAGCUUGCAGAUUUAUACCAAUCCCAGGGAAUGAGCUCUCAGGCAAUAUUCAGUCUUGAGGAGGCUCUGUUAAUAGCGCCUAAUGCCUGGAAUAUCCACGCUCGCCUCGGGGAAGUUUUAUAUAUAUGCGCUAGCGCUGCGGAGGCAGGGGCUGUCUCUGAGUAUCUACAAAAAUCUAUCCAGUAUUUUUGUAGAAGCGUCGAACUUUGUGACGAUUACCUGAGAGGGUUUUAUGGCCUAGCAUUGGCCACUUCGCUCCAACUUAGGUCAAUGACUCUUUCGCGGGACUCAUCGACGUCAACCAAAGACUUCUUAUCCGCAGAAAAGGUCAAGAAGUUAAAUGUUCUCGCCGAAAGAAAACUUGAGGCUAUUGUAAAUCAGCGGUCUGCAAACCAUCAACUUUGGGAUCAUGCGCAGGGCGAGCUCAUUGCAACCAAAGAACUUCUUGACCGCAUUAAUGAGUCACCUUAAGACCUAGAGUACAUUAAGUUGCCUCGUAUAGGUAGACGGAGGUGUGGCUCUAAUUUCAGUCACCUUUAUUAAUAUAUUAGUUGGGGCAGGUUUUUAGAGAGUUAGAAAAAGUGCCUUCCAUAGUACCACAAUAGUACAGAGGUGUGCACCAAAUGUUCUUGCGCGGCGCUAGAAAUAUAGGACCCACCAUUCGGUAUGCGGCCUGACAGUGGCCCUAGUAAUUAUAUUGCACCGAGUCAAAUGGCAAUUCUGAUCGACUUGAAAAAUGCAGAAAAAUUGAAGGUAUU